AUGAAUCAGCUAAGCCGUAACAUGUUUCACUCCAGCAUGAAAAGGGCCUUCUUCUGGCAAAUCGCCGUUCUCCGGCAGUGCCUCCGGUCUCUCUGGAACCAUGUUCUUGCUUGCUGGAUGGGCAAAUCCGUGAGCUACAGGCAGUUGCAGCAGAGGAUCAUUAGUUCCUCGCAGAAUUCCGGCGUUCUCAAUGGCGGGUUUUCUCCCAAGAACGGGACCUCCGGCCACCGGUUUAGUAUCGACAGAGAUUUGUCGUCCUCCGACUUGGUUUCCCUCAAGAUUAGUCUCCUGGGUGACAGCCAGAUUGGAAAAACUAGUUUUCUGGCAAAGUACGUAGGGGGAGAGAAUGGAGGAGAGAAAUCGGAAAUGGCAGGGAUAAAUCAAAUGGACAAGAUAUUAUCAGUAAAAGGUGCUCGGAUUUCGUAUAGCAUGUGGGAAGUAACAGGAGACAAUACUUCACAUGCUCACAUUCCUGAGGCUUGUAAAGAUUCUGUAGCCAUCAUCUUCAUGUUCGAUCUCACCAGUCGGUGUACCUUGAAUAGUGUCAUCAGAUGGUACAAACAAGCCAGGAAAUGGAAUCAGACAGCACUUCCAGUGAUGGUAGGAACCAAGUUUGAUGAAUUCAUCCAACUGCCUAUAGAUUUACAAUGGACAAUAGCAAACGAGGCAAGGACAUAUGCAAAGGCGAUCAAUGCGACCCUGUUCUUUUCGAGUGCAACCUACAACAUCAAUGUGAAUAAGAUCUUCAAGUUUAUUACGGCGAAGCUGUUCAAUUUACCUUGGACUGUGGAGCGCAAUUUAAACAUUGGCGAACCACUAAUUGAUUUCUAG